AUGGAUCUGUCAUUUCAGAUGUCCUUGUCAUUCAGGGACGUGGCCAUAGACCUCUCCCAGGAGGAAUGGGAGUGCCUGGACGCUGUUCAGAGGGCCUUGUACAGGGAUGUGAUGUUGGAGAACUACAGCAACUUGGUCUCAUUGGAUUUGGAGUCUGUCACCAAGAAGUUAUUUCCAGAAAAGGAUAUUUGUGAAAUAUAUCUGUUUCAGUUGCAGAGAGUGGACAAAAGUAAAACUUACAUCCGUGAGGAUACCAUUUUCAGAAAUGAUUUGCAGUGUAAACAUGAAUUUGAGAGACAAGAAGGACAUCAAAUGAGAUGUGCUAGUCAAAUGAUAAUCCAAAAACAUAUACCUCUUCUUCUGCAUCAGAAAAUUCAUGGUAGAGAGAAAUCAUACGAAUGUAAGGAAUGUAAGAAGGCUUUUAAACAACAGUCAUACCUUAUUCAACAUCUGAGAAUUCAUACUGGUGAGAGACCCUAUAAAUGUAAGGAAUGUGGGAAAGCCUUUUGUCGUGUAGGGGACCUUAGAGUACAUCAGACAAUUCAUGGUGGGGAGAGACCCUAUGAAUGUAACAAUUGUGGAAAGACCUUUAGGCUUCAUUAUCAUCUUACUGAACAUCAGAGAAUACAUUCUGGUGUGAAACCCUAUGAGUGUAAUGAAUGUGGGAAGGCCUUUAGUCGUGUUCGAGACCUUAGAGUACAUCAGACAAUUCAUGCUGGGGAGAGACCUUAUGAAUGUAAAGAAUGUGGGAAGGCCUUUAGACUUCACUAUCAGCUCACUGAACAUCAAAGAAUUCACACUGGUGAGAGGCCUUAUGAAUGUAAGAUUUGUGGAAAGACCUUUAGGGUACAACGACAUAUUAGUCAACAUCAGAAAAUUCAUACUGGUGUAAAACCCUAUAAAUGUAAUGACUGUGGGAAGGCCUUCAGUCAUGGCUCAUACCUAGUUCAACAUCAGAAAAUUCACACUGGUGACAAACCCUAUGUAUGUAAAGAAUGUGGUAAGUCCUUUAGUUUUCAUGCAGAACUUACUCGACAUCAUAGAAUUCAUACUGGUGAGAAACCCUAUGAAUGUAAAGAAUGUAGAAAAGCCUUUCGUCUCCAAACAGAACUUACUAGGCAUUGUAGAAUUCAUACUGGAGAGAAACCCUAUGAAUGUAAAGAAUGUGGGAAGGCCUUUAUUUGCGGCUAUCAACUUACUUUACAUCUGAGGGUUCAUACUGGUGAGAUUCCCUAUGAAUGUAAGGAAUGUGGGAAAACCUUCAGUAGUCGCUAUCAUCUUACUCAACAUUACAGAAUUCAUACUGGUGAGAAACCCUAUGGAUGUAAAGAAUGUGGGAAGGCCUUUCGUCUUCAAGCAGAACUUACCAAACAUCACAGAAUUCAUACUUGUGAAAAGCCCUAUGAAUGUAAGGAAUGUGGGAAGGCCUUUAUUCGUAGCAAUCAACUUAUUUCACACCAGCGAAUUCACACCAAUGAGAACACCUAUGAGUGCAAGGAAUGUGGGAAGAUUUUUAGUCGUCGCUACAAUCUUACUCAACAUUAUAAAAUUCAUACUGGUGAAAAACCCUAUGUAUGUAAAGAAUGUGGAAAGGCCUUUCGCUUUCAGACAGAACUUACUCAGCAUCACAGAAUUCAUACUGGUGAAAAACCCUAUAAAUGUAAGGAAUGUGGGAAAGCCUUUAUUCGUAGCAAUCAUCUUACUCAACAUCACAGAAUUCAUACUGGUGAGAAACCCUACAAAUGUAAAGAAUGUGGAAAGACCUUUAGUCGGCACUAUCAUCUUACUCAACAUCACAGAAUCCACACUGGUGAGAAACCCUACAUAUGUAAUGAAUGUGGGGAUGCUUUUAUUUGUAGUUAUCAACUUACCUUACAUCAAAGAAUUCACACUGGUGAGAUUCCGUAUGAAUGUAAGGAAUGUGGAAAGACCUUUAGUCGCCGAUAUCAUCUUACUCAACAUUUUAGACUUCAUACAGGUGAGAAGCCUUAUGGGUGUAAAGAAUGUGGGGAUGCCUUUCGUCUUCAAGCAGAACUUACUCGACAUCACACAAUUCAUACUGGUGAGAAACCCUAUAAAUGUAAAGAAUGUGGGAAGGCCUUUAGUGUUAAGUCAGAACUUACACGACAUCACAGAAUUCAUACUGGUGAGAAACCCUAUAAAUGUAAAGAAUGUGGGAAAGCCUUUAUUCGUAGUGAUCAACUCACUUUACAUCAGAGAAAUCAUAUUAGUGAGGAACCCCCAUUCAUAAUGUAAAGAUACAGUGGCCUUUAGAAAAUGCCUUUUAUAACAACAGAAUUCAUAAUUGAUUUAAGAAAGUUUUUACUUGUUAGGGAACAUAUAGGAAUCCCUUUUGCUUCGUGCUCAAAACUUAACAGCAGUAGUUUUAUACUAUAUAUAUUGAUUUAAAGAGUUGAAAAAUUACAGCAUCACCCAGCCUUGGUUAACUUUAGAGAAUGAUACUGCUGCAGUACAUCUCAAACCAAGAUAAAGGGUACCCCUUCCCCCCUCAAAAUUGUUGUUGACCAAUACUUUUACAAGAUACAAUGAAAUUGGAUUACCAGAUACAUGAAACUGAAAGAAAAACAAACAUACAAAAUGAAAGCCCCCAAUUUUUUAUUAUUGGACUUAACAGACAUAAAUUAGCUCUGUCAUUUUUCUGUAAAUGUCUCUAAAUGUUUGCUCUUGGUGUCUGUACCUUAAAUCAUUGCAGACCAGAAGCAAACAACCUGUGGGCCAGCAUCAGUACAUGGACCACACUUUAUAUAGCAUUGUAACAGAAAAUAAUUCUGUUAAUGUAACAGAUGUGGGAAAAGACUUCAGCCAUAGCAAAUCUUUACUAUAGUUCUUAUAAUCCCACCCCUGCCUGUGUGGUAUUGGCAAGACACUACUCCCCUCUGCUUUAUUUUAUUCUAUUUUACUUUAUUUAGUUUCUUUUGUGCCUCAGUUUUAAAGUGGUGAUUAUAGUACCUACCUAAUAGUACUUUUGUAAGGAUGAAAUGUUAAUAAAAAACAAAACCUUUAGAAGAGCACUGUUCAAUAAAUAUUAUUUUAUUAUUAGUGAUAUUAGUAAGUUCAUGUGAGAGGAAGACCCUGUGAAUAUAAAGAAUUUGUAAAAACUGUCCACUACCUUUCAUUUUGUUUACUUAAAUUAAUAAUUAAUUAUGGCUAAAGUUUAGUAAAAUAAACUUUCACUUCUAAAAUUCAGAAGUCAUUUCUGAAAACUAACGUGAGAGAGGAAUCUCUAGAGUUGAUAGAUAUGGAGAUUAUGAGAGAAAGCUUUUGAAGAAUCAGGGAGAGCUGUAAAGCUUUUUCUUUUAUAAUCCAUAAAGCAGACGUGUUACAGUCUUCUUUUUCUGCCCCAAGUUCAUGAUAAAUGAGAAACUAACAAUGAAAAGGCCACUGUCCAUUUGGAAAAAAAUAAUAGUACAGGGAACACUUGUAUGCCCUCUCUAGAUUCAGUGAUUGUUAAAACGUUGUCAUAUUUGGUUUGCUUCGGUAUAAUUUUUGACAAUUUUGCUGUGUUAUUUAAGUAUAAAUAUAGACAUUAUAACAUUUCACCUCUCUAUAUAUAUAUCAUGUAACUCCUAAGAAUAAAGGCUGCCUCCUACUUAAUCACUAUAUAACUUCACACCGAAGGAGAGUAACAGCAGUACCAUAUCUGUAAUAUUACAGAUAGAUAAGCAGUGCCUUAACCCAACAUAUCUAAAAGAAUGUUUCUGGAAACAGUAGUAUUUAAUGGUACUUGAAAAAUGUUCUGUGGUCAGAGAUACUUAUGAACUUCUAAAUACUAAAUCCCUUCCAAGAAAAAAAUGUUAAUUAUCACGCUAGCAAAGGACUUAAGAGGCCUACAAUAAAGAAAAUUUGCUUAACUUAGUUUAUCUUACUGUAUCUUAAACUUUACUAAGGAAGUCCCAUUCAUAAUACCUAAUUUCUUUGGGAUGUGAACCCACACUGACAAGGCUGCCAUAACUGAAAAACAGUGACCCUAAAGAUGGACACUCCAGAUAACCAUGGCAGAUGCUUAGCUAUGUUGAGAAAGGAAAUGCAUGACGUAUUUCUCUGCUGCUCACAUCUCUUCCUCUGCAGUCAGUUGCUUGCCCUCUGAAUGUAGGGCUGAUACUUUCUACAAAAUUAAAAACCCAUUUGGUUUAGUUUUUUAUAUGAACAUACCAUGACAUAUUUAAACCUUCUCUUCUUUUUUAGUGUUUAACAAUUUUUUACUAUUUCAGAUAUACUUCAGUGAAUAUCCUUGUCUGUGACUAUUCGUUUCUGUGAGCUGGAAUUUCUUUACACAUGUGGAAGUAGAACUGCUCAUACAUUAUAUAUUCUUUCAGUUAUGUUAGAUAUUGCUACAUUGAUCAUAGGUCACAUACACUUCCAAUUCUAUUAGAUAUUGCCAAAUUGUUCUCUUAGACUCCUAUCAAAUUGAGUAUUCCUACAGCCUUAUG